AUGCUCCAAACCACCCAACAAAUUUACUAUUCAGACUUAACAACAUGCAUUCCAGUCGAAGUGGUUUUCUUGUCGCCUAACACAACUGCCUUAAUUCAACCAAUUAACCAAGGCGUUAUAUUAAAUUUUAAGGCUUAUUACUUGCGGCGAACCUUUAAGCAAAUGUUUGAAAAAACAGACGGAGAAGAGAACAAGUCCGUAAGAGAAUUUUGGAAAAACUACAACAUCGUGGAUGCUGUAGAAAACAUAGGCCUUUCUUGGAAUGGGGUAAAAGAAAGAUCUUUGAAAGGAGUAUGGAAGAAUAUUUGGCCGGAUUUAAGUAAGAGCGAUGACGUUGGACACUCUGUCGAUGCGGAUGAAAUAGUGGAAGAGAUAGUGAAAUUAACGAAGCAAACCGGUUUUGAAGGGGUAAAUGUGGAAGAUGUCGAAGAAAUAAUUCAAGAAGCAGCGGCUAGUCUUUCUAAUGAUGAGCUCAAGGAAUUAACUGAACAAAAAGAAAAAAAAAAUGUUGACAGCAGUGAUUCAGAAGAGCAAAAAGAAUUUUCGAUGGCGUUUGUAAAAAGGAGUUUGUCUACCAUAACUGAAAUAAUGGAUAAGUUAAUUGAAAAUGAUCCGAAUUUUGACAGGAGCUCAAAAGUAAGGCGUGGUGUUAGAUAUGCUCUAUCCGUUUAUGAAGAACUUUUAAGAGAACGACGCAAAAGAAAGAGGCAAACAUUGUUAGAUGCUUUUGUCACAAAAAGGCAGAACACUGAAAACGCGGAAGGCUAA